AUGAAGCAGCAAAGGCUAAAGCAGCAAGCUAUGAUGCAACAGGCUCUAUACCACCAUCUCAGUCUCUUGGCUGCUCCUCAGAUAGAGCCUAUCUUGAGUGGAAAUCUUCCUCUUGGUUUUGAUUCAGCUACUUGCCGCAGUGUGUAUGAGGGAAAUAUUCACCCCCAGGUAACGGAACCCCUUCUGCAAGAAGUUUUCUUGAGUACUGGUCCUAUUGAAGGAUGCAAACUUAUUAAAAAAGAUAAGUCAUCCUAUGGUUUUGUGGACUACUUUGAUCGUAGAUCCGCUGCCAUUGCUAUUGUGACUCUUAAUGGAAGGCAUCUAUUUGGGCAACCUAUUAAAGUUAAUUGGGCAUAUGCUUGUAGUCAGAGGGAGGAUACAUCGGGUCAUCACAACAUCUUUGUUGGUGAUCUCAGCCCUGAAGUUACAGAUGCUACCUUGUUUGCAUGCUUUUCUGUGUAUUCCAGUUGUUCGGAUGCAAGGGCUAUGUGGGGCCAAAAAACUGGGCGUUCAGGAGGUUUUGGUUUUGUUUCUUUCGCGAACCAGCAGGAUGCCCAAAGUGCAAUAAAUGACUUAAAUGGGAAGUGGCUUGGAAGUAGACAGAUCCACUGUAACUGGGCUGCAAAAGGUGCCACUUUCAAUUAUGACAAACCGGCCGCUGAUGCUAAAAGCAUCGUAGAGCUGACAAAUGGAACAUGUGAACGUCAAGAGAAGACUAAUGAAGAUGCUCCAGAGAACAAUCCUCAGUAUACCACCGUUUAUGUUGGCAAUCUUGCCCCAGAGGCAAGUAUUAGUUUUUCCAAUCUCAAGUUACAUCAGUUGGAUCUCCAUAGGCAUUUUCAUGCCCUUGGAGCAGGAAAUAUUGAAGAUGUUCGUGUGCAACGAGAUAAAGGUUUUGGUUUUGUGAGAUACAGUUCACAUGCUGAAGCAGCUCUAGCUAUACAGAUGGGAAAUGCGCGAAUUCUAUGUGGUAAACCAAUUAAGUGCUCGUGGGGUAGCAAACCUACUGCACCAGGAACAAGCUUUGCCCCUCUGCCUCCACCAGCUGCUCCUGCACAUAUGCCGGGUCUUUUAGCUGCGGACCUUGCUGCCGAUGAACGGCAUAUGGAGUUGAGUAAAUAUGGUGGCGCACAAGUAAUGAGUAUGAUGCAUACAAAGGGUCAGCAUGCCCUUAAGCAGGCGGCCAUGGGAAUGGGUGCCGCCGGAGCUAGUCAAGCAAUCUAUAAUGGUGGAUACCAAAAUGCUGUGACAACCCAGCAGCUUAUGUACUACCAGUAAAUGGUGGGAUCCAGCUCCUAUUAUAGCUUCACAGGGCGGAAUAAGUAUUUGGGGAAUUGUAGGAUGAUGCUACUUUUUUCAUUUCCUUUUCUUUGUUUAGAUUGCUGUUUCUCUCAGUUUUGUUUGUUACGUUCAACUUGUAUGGAUUGUUGUUCGCUAUUUGAGAUAAUUUUCGAGACCGUUGGAUAUGACAGACAGUAUC